AUGCCCUCCGACCUUAUCGGGACCUUCAUCAGCCAUGUUCAGGAGGGUUCGGUGGCCGAUGUGGUUGGCAGUCUGCAAACAGGGGACGAAAUACUUGAAUGGAAUGGACACAGUCUGCGAGGCCUUCAUCAGGAGCAGGUCUCCGAGGUCCUUGCUCUCUCGUGUGAAAGCAGUGAUGUCUGGAUGAUUGUUCAACGAAUAUUCGAUGACUACUACGCUGGAACCCGACCGGCCACCCCUACAUCAUGUACCCACAACUGCAGUGGAGACCAGAAUGAGUCCGAAGACGAGAAAACAGCCUAUGCCUAUGGCAGAAAUGACUACGACCCCCAUCUACAGUUGAAACUGCGGUAUAGCGAGGACGCGCAAACCUUGAAUGUGUGCGUCCUCUCUGCGCGGGAUCUUCCACCUCUGUUCGAUAAAGACAAUUGCCUCUCCAGCAGUUUCUGUCAGGUUUGCAUCCUGCCCGAAUCGAGGUGCGUUCUUCACCCGUCCCAAAAGUAA